AUGUAUCCUUUCUGGAAUCAUGGACCUGACCAUGGUAGAUCUGAAGUUGACCAAGUACGUGCUGAUAUGAAGAGACGGGCUAAAGAAACUGAAGAAGUCACCAGAAAUAUCGUUCAACACGGCUUAGCUCUUGUUCCCCUUGACAAGGUUCAUAUCUUACCAAGUCAAGAAACUUUGAGCCGUGACAUCCGCCGUCAGAGACAGGAAGCUUUAGUUGGUCAGAAGGAAGUGGAUCAUUUUGCGAACACGAUCACUGGAGAGAAAUUCCUGAGAGUCAAGGAAGAUGAUUUCCUCCUGUUCGCAGCUUCAACUGACCUUGACAUCUUGAGACGAAGUCGGCAUUGGUUCGCAGAUGGGACAUUCAAGGUAACUCCCAAGAAGCAUGAUCAGCUCUACACCAUUACAUGCUCUUCAGCGUGACGUCAACCAUCCAUGUGUUUACGCGCUUCUACCAGGACGAAGAGAGAGAGAUUACAGACGUUUGCUGGAGCAUGUUUUAACCUUGGUCCCCGGUUGUGUCCCUACCACAGUGGUCAUAGACUUUGAGCUAGCGGAAAUCAACGCUUUCCAAGCGACAUUCCCUGGUGUGGACAUGACUGGCUGUCACUUUCAUCUGGGGCAGAACAUCUGGAGACGGCUUCCAGCGGAUGGUUUGCAAAGUA